CCACCCCCGACUUCUACAUUUCAGCAGGUGCAGAGAGCGGAGCUCCCGCCGCCGCCCGUGCCUGCGGCUCCUCGAUGCCCCAGCCUUCUUCUCUGACCCCACCCGCCUUCUCCCCCGUCGGUGCAGGCAGUGCUGGGGUGCUGCUUUCUUCCCUGCGCUGCGCACCGUUAGGUGCCUUGCCCCUGUCCUUCCUAUCUCAGAGUCCACGGAGUCCCCCUAUCGCCGUCCACCUGUUUCCUCAGAAAAAGGGCCAGCUCGUCAUCCCUGCUGCGUUCCUGGGGCCAUGGCAGGUCUGGGCCCUGGCGGAGGCGACUCAGAGGGGGGACCCCGGCCCCUGUUUUGCAGAAAGGGGGCGCUGAGGCAGAAGGUGGUCCACGAGGUGAAGAGCCACAAGUUCACCGCUCGUUUCUUCAAGCAGCCAACCUUCUGCAGUCACUGUACCGACUUCAUCUGGGGCAUUGGAAAGCAGGGCCUGCAAUGUCAAGUGUGCAGCUUUGUGGUUCAUCGCCGAUGCCACGAAUUUGUGACCUUCGAGUGUCCAGGCGCUGGAAAGGGCCCCCAGACGGAUGACCCUCGAAACAAGCACAAGUUCCGUCUGCACAGCUACAGCAGUCCCACCUUCUGCGACCACUGUGGUUCCCUCCUCUACGGGCUGGUGCACCAGGGCAUGAAAUGUUCCUGUUGCGAGAUGAAUGUGCACCGACGCUGUGUGCGCAGCGUGCCCUCUCUUUGCGGUGUGGACCACACAGAGCGCCGUGGACGUCUGCAACUGGAAAUCCGGGCUCCCACGUCAGAUGAGAUCCAUAUUACUGUUGGCGAGGCCCGGAACCUCAUUCCUAUGGACCCCAAUGGCCUGUCUGAUCCCUAUGUGAAACUGAAGCUCAUCCCAGACCCUCGGAACUUGACAAAGCAGAAGACAAAGACCGUGAAAGCUACACUGAAUCCCGUGUGGAACGAGACCUUCGUGUUCAACCUGAAGCCAGGGGAUGUGGAGCGCCGGCUCAGUGUGGAGGUGUGGGAUUGGGAUAGGACAUCCCGAAAUGACUUCAUGGGUGCCAUGUCCUUUGGUGUCUCAGAGCUACUCAAGGCCCCUGUGGACGGAUGGUACAAGUUACUGAACCAGGAGGAGGGCGAGUAUUACAAUGUACCGGUGGCCGAUGCUGACAACUGCAGCCUCCUCCAGAAGUUUGAGGCCUGUAAUUACCCCUUGGAAUUGUAUGAGAGAGUGCGGAUGGGUCCUUCUUCCUCCCCCAUUCCUUCUCCAUCCCCCAGUCCCACGGACUCAAAGCGAUGCUUCUUCGGUGCCAGCCCAGGACGCCUGCAUAUCUCUGACUUCAGCUUCCUCAUGGUUCUAGGGAAAGGCAGUUUUGGGAAGGUGAUGCUGGCAGAACGCAGAGGCUCCGAUGAACUCUAUGCCAUCAAGAUACUGAAAAAAGAUGUCAUCGUCCAGGAUGACGAUGUAGAUUGCACCCUCGUGGAGAAGCGUGUGCUGGCAUUGGGAGGCCGAGGUCCUGGAGGCCGGCCACACUUUCUCACGCAGCUUCAUUCCACCUUUCAGACUCCGGACCGCCUGUAUUUUGUGAUGGAGUACGUUACUGGGGGAGAUUUAAUGUACCACAUUCAGCAAUUGGGCAAGUUUAAGGAGCCCCACGCAGCAUUCUACGCUGCGGAAAUCGCCAUAGGCCUCUUCUUCCUUCACAACCAGGGCAUCAUCUACCGGGACCUCAAGUUGGACAAUGUGAUGUUGGAUGCUGAAGGACACAUCAAGAUCACAGACUUCGGCAUGUGUAAAGAGAAUGUCUUCCCUGGAUCCACAACCCGUACCUUCUGUGGGACCCCAGACUACAUAGCACCUGAGAUCAUUGCCUACCAGCCUUACGGGAAGUCUGUGGACUGGUGGUCUUUCGGGGUCCUGCUGUAUGAGAUGUUGGCAGGACAGCCGCCCUUUGAUGGGGAAGAUGAAGAGGAGCUGUUUCAAGCCAUCAUGGAACAAACUGUCACCUAUCCCAAGUCACUUUCCCGGGAAGCUGUGGCCAUCUGCAAGGGGUUCCUGACCAAGCACCCAGGAAAGCGCCUGGGCUCAGGGCCAGAUGGGGAACCCACCAUCCGGGCUCACGGCUUUUUUCGCUGGAUCGAUUGGGAGAGGUUGGAGAGACUGGAAAUUGCGCCUCCUUUCAGACCACGUCCGUGUGGCCGCAGUGGCGAAAACUUUGACAAGUUCUUCACGCGGGCGGCGCCAGCAUUGACCCCGCCAGACCGCUUGGUCCUAGCCAGCAUCGACCAAGCUGAUUUCCAGGGCUUUACUUAUGUGAACCCGGACUUCGUGCACCCAGAUGCCCGCAGCCCCACAAGCCCUGUGCCCGUGCCUGUCAUGUAAUUUUAUCGGCUGCCGCUAGGUGUCCCCAGUGCUCCCUCCGCCAAGCGGGCUGUAUCACCCAACCACCCCCAUCCCGGCUCUAGUCCGAAUUCUAGAUCUCUUACUCCACCCAGCCUCCUGGCCUCUUUCACGCACCCCAACGGGUUCUAGAUGCUGUUCCCCAGCAUUGCUGGCAUUUUAAACUUCAAACAGUCUCUAGAGCCUUUCUGUGUUCUAGAUUCCGUUGUGCUGAGCCCUGUUUCCCCCCCCCCCCCAACAUCUGGAUGCUGUUCCAGCUCUUCCCAGAAACCCCACUCCGUGUUGGGUUCUAGACUCUAUCUUGGUAGUUUUAUGCCUUCUCUCUCCCUACACCACCCUGGGGGAAAUAGUCUCAUGAGAUUGCCUGCUCCAGACUAAGAUUCCAGAUCCGCUCCUCGCAUCCUUCAAGGCCCCUCCCACCUCCACUUCAGUUGUAGAGUUAAGUGGGAGGCUGGGCUCCGCGUUCUAGGCCACCUCCCUUCCACGCUCUGGGGAUUCCUGGCAUGCACGGAGGAUUCUUUUCCCGACUUUUUCUCAGUCAGCUUUUGUUCUAGACUUGUUCCAGAACCUCUCACCUGCUCACUUGCCCCGUGCAUGGCUCCAGCCUUGGUCGGAAUCACACACACACACACACACACACACACACACACACACACACACACAAACACACACACACCUUGUCCUCCCCUCCGCAGUGCCUGCCACUUUCUGGGACUUUCUCAUCUCCCACCCCCUUCCUUUAUCCUCUCCCACCCAGACACAGCUGCUGGAGAAUAAAUUUGGGAUGCUGAUGCUAAAA